AUGGCGGGAGUCUUUGACAGGUUCCGGUUCGGUGCUAAGCGCCAGCGCAGUGAAGACACAGCGGACGCCACUCCAUCCUGGCAGGAACGCUGGCAUGCCAUCUGCGAUGACUGCUUUGAGCAAGCUCAGCCUUGUUUGCACCAUCCAGAACGUCGUCUUCGCUUGCUUAUUGUCGGUCAUAAUCCCUCCGAUCACGCGUGGAAGACUGGGUAUUCCUACAGUAACCCAACGAAUCGCAUGUGGAUGUUAUUGACUGGAACCCUUUCUCCUCACUCCUGGGAAGGCAUCGUGCCUUCAACAGCAAGAAUCGAUGAGCAAAAUAUCUUGCCUGAUGUUCAUGGCGUCGGCUUCACUUCAAUCGGAUUAGAGCCUGGCAAUGAUGCUUCAAAGUACGGCAAGGCAACAAUGGAAGCAUGGCGAACGAGCUUCUUCCAGCGACUACGUCGCCAUGCUCUUCCUCACGCCCCCAUACUGAUCGCAUUCUCCGGUAAACGUCAGUUCAGCUACUUAUUCUCACCGGCUUUAUCCAAGAUCGAGAGCUACGGCAAACAAUCAAAACUGCCUCCUGGUUGGCCACACGAGCUUCGUGCAGAUAGCGAAGUUUGGGUUCUUCCGAGCUCUAGCGGCCGAGCUGCCAUGACAACGGCGCAACGUACACUGCCCUAUCAACAGCUAGCGGAGCGUCUGCGUCAGAUCCCGUGGGGUGUCGUCAAGAAAGAGUAG